GAGGGACAGCGGCACUUCCAUGGUCUCAUGGUCUCCAUUCCCUGAAACCUCCUAGCCAUCUUUUCUUGUCAAGUCUCUGUCUAUCCCCAUGCCUCCCCUUUCUGACCUGCUCCUCGUCGCCCGACUGCCCUGACCCAUCCUUCCCUUCUUUACUAGGCACAGCUGGAUGAAGCACGACUAGCAGGCAGGGCCGGAGGCGGGGGAGGGGUAGCGCGAGAGCGUAGGCGGAGAUCUCGCGAGGUUUCCGGACACUCCCCGAACGGGCGGGAGAAAGAGCCUGAGGCAGCGGCGGGUGCGUGAUGCGGUCCGAGAAGGAGGCAGCCAGCGGGGCCGGGGGCUCUGGCGUCGGCGGGGCCGGGCGGGGAUCGGGCGGCAAGGAGAAGCCGCCAUUGCCGCCGCCACCACCGCCUCCACCUCCACCCCUGCCACCGCCACCGGCAUCUUCCCGCGGAGGGACAGCGAUGGAGAUCCAAUUCCGCCGCGAGUCGCCUCGGCGCGAAGUGGAGACACCUCCGACCGCCGUCGCGGCCUCGGGCUGCGGGGGAGGCGGAAGCAGCAGCGGAGGCGGCAGUGGCGGAGGAGGCGGCAGCAAGCCUCGGGAGGAGAAGAAAACGGUCCUGAGCAAGGUAGUUAUUCGUCGACUUCCUCCCAGUCUAACCAAGGAGCAACUAGAGGAACAGUUACAUCCACUUCCUGCUCAUGAUUACUUUGAAUUUUGUACAGCUGAUCCCAGUCUUUAUCCUCAUCUUUACUCAAGAGCAUAUAUUAAUUUUCGAAAUCCUGAUGACAUCCUUCUUUUUAGAGACCGUUUUGAUGGCUAUGUCUUCAUUGAUAGUAAAGGUCUGGAAUAUCCUGCUGUAGUAGAAUUUGCUCCAUUCCAAAAGAUUUCCAAAAAGAAAUUAAAGAAAAAAGAUGCCAAAGCGGGGAGCAUUGAAGAAGAUCCCGAAUAUAGGAAGUUUCUCGAAACCUAUUGUGUUGAGGAGGAGAAAAUAAGUGCCAAUCCUGAAACUCUUUUGGGAGAGAUUGAGGCAAAGACACGGGAACUCAUUGCUAGAAGAACAACACCUCUUUUGGAAUAUAUUAAAAAUAGAAAAUUAGAAAAGCAGAGAAUUCGAGAAGAAAAAAGGGAAGAACGAAGGAGGAGGGAAUUAGAAAAGAAACGCUUGAGAGAAGAAGAGAAAAGAAAACGCAGAGAAGAGGAAAGACGUAAGAGAAAAGAAGCUGAAAAGCAAAAGAAAAUUGCUGAGAAAGAGAUAAGAAUCAAGCUUCUUAAAAAACCUGAAAAGGGAGAGGAACCAGCAGCAGAGAAGCAAAAAGAAAAAGGAGAAGAAGCUGAUAUUGAAGAAGGAAAAUGGGAAAAAUCCUCCAGCUCUGGAAGCAUGAAAUCCAAACCUCUGGAGAGUUCACUGAAGGAAGUCAAGGAAAAGUCACAAAAUGACAGUGAUAAAGAGCAAAGAGAUAUGGAUAGAAGAUUUCGAGAAAAAGAACCUGAAAGACAAAGGUAUCGCUUGGACGAUGGCAGAAAACAUAGAACUCAUUAUGAGUUUGACAAGUUUUUGAGAAGGAACGAAGACGAGCUGAAAUGGGGGAAAGGAUACAGCCAAGACAGAGGGAAGAAAGGGAACCACAACUACAGCUUCACUGUGGAGGCAGUAGACAAACUGGGUAAAGAGGACAAGUGUGAUGACAUGGCAUCCAAAAAGGAGCGCAUAAGAAAUAAGGAUCGUCCAGCCAUGCAGUUAUACCAGCCAGGAGCUCGCAUUCGAACACGUACGGGCUCUACAAGUAAAACUCCUGACUGCACUGCAAAGUCCUCUGAAGAGGCUUGUGAUAGAAAAAGUGAGGCAGAGAAUCCAGCAGGAGCUGCUUCUGAGAAGAGUGAAGAGGCAGAGUAAAACACCGUGCAAGGCAGAUUUGUCAUUCUUACAUAGUUAGAAAAGGGCACUAGAAGUGAUUCCAGUGAAAUAAGCCAAAACCCACAAAAAAGGCAUCUAGUAAUCAUCCUAUAUGACAAAGAUGUACUUUUUGUCCAGUUCUGGACUGGUGGUUUCUUAAGUUUACUCUGCUAGUGUAAACUAGUAUUUAUUUAGCUAAAAGAGAGAAAAUUAUCUCCUUCAGAAAAUAUUAUGUUAAGAAAAAUGAAGAAAAUUAGUGUUGCAUCAGUUUGAAAUCUGACGCACUUUAAAUCUGUUCUGUGAAUAACAAAAACUUCAUUGUUUGCACAUUUGUGACAACAUGACAUGUUGAUACCAGUA